CUUCAGGCAUGAGGCAGCCCUGGUCCCCAGGCUAUGGUUGGGUGUGCAAAACAAAAGGCUGUGCUUUCCUAAGAACAACGACCAGUUCUGUCACUAUGAGUAGAGAAACCAGCUGAGCAGAUAGAAGCCUCCUCCACCACCAGUGCUUUGUGGAUGUAUACUGCACACCGCGUCAUGUGACCGCCCGGGGACAACGCUGUGUAAAGUACUGAGGGAAGACAUGUGCCGCCUGUGAUAUCAGGAGGAGGGAGUGCUGGGACCGGUGUCCUGACAGAACACAGGCACACUGCGGGAUGGAAUGUUCGGGACACUCAACAUGAACAGGAUGUGUGCCUGAAAUAUGCUGGAACCCGUUUAGGUGUUUUUCCCAGCCAUGGAUGAAGAGGCGUACAUUUCAAUUAUGGACUAUUCCAUAGAAGAUCACAAUGACGUAUUUAACUUCAGUCUCUGCCCACCUACCAAUUCAAAUAUUACAAUGGAUGAAAUGAAUAUGAAAAAUGAAGACGGUGAAUCCACUUUAAUGGAUUCCAAGUUCAUUCUAGAAGACAAAGCCCCCGAAAAAAACAUUUGCAAGAAGGGUCAUCUUAUUCCUUCACUUAUUAUUACGUUGCCUUCAAAAGAGACUGAUGUAAGCUACAGUACGCCAUUCCAAUUUGACAGACAAGCACCUGCGAGGAUAUCCACCUCGCCCACUCUGAGGAGGCUGAGGAAGCACACUGUUGGAAACUUCAUGUCUUUGCAAGACUAUUUUGAUGCCUCCAAGUUUCCAACUCACAAAGAGGAAUCUGUCUCGGUAAGUUCAUCAGAGCACUUGGAGAAAAAUGCAGCUUCUAUAGCAGAAUCUGGCUGUAAAAGUACGCCAGUGUUUUCUUCUCAGGACAAUGGCUCUUGUGUAUCUCAACGUUUAAACCACACCAAUGAUCCCUUGGGCAAACCUGGUCUCCAGUCUGAUUAUACCGAUGAUGAAAAGUCACCAAAUCCAGGCUACAAUGGAGCAUCUGAAACAAAAGAGGAUACUGAAGGGCUACACAGCUGUUCAGAGAUGAAGGAAUUCCACCAGUCACGACGGGGUGAAAGGCGACGCAGUUCAGUAGUGCUAAGCAUACCUGGUCUGGAGGUGUUUCCAGGAGAUCUUCUGGUAUCAGAUGGUGCCUCUGAUUAUAUGUACAAUGCUUCAUGGUUGCCUAAUGCAGAUGCUAAGAAACCAAAAUGGCCUUUCUCUAAGAAAACAUCAUUUAUCAAGGGGAAACAGAAACAGAUUUCAGAUUUGGAAAACUGCCUGUCUUCUUUCAAGAUACCAGAUUUCAGUGAAUACAAUUUUUACAAUGUCAAGGAUAAAACUUGGGAAGAAUUCAGAAACAUGCAUCGUAUUGAACCUAAGGGGAUUCCUAGUGCAGUAAAAAGGAAAAGACAACAGUCUGUAUGGGAGCUUUUUACUUCUGAAUGCACUUAUUUUUUGGAGCAUUUACUAGUUCUGAAAAUGAUAUUUUCUCAUGCACUAAAGCACUUACAGAACAAUGAUCUUCUGUUGGAUGUGGAUCCGGUUAGGUUGUUUGCUAAUCUGGAGGAUUUGAACCAGGAGAGCCUGAAUUUUGCCACCAGCCUUUAUAAUAUGAUCGAAAGCAAGGAACUGGAAUUACCGACUCCUUUCCCAUUAUCACUGGCAGAUUUGCUAACAAAGUACUUCAAGGAUAAUCUCUGCUUAAGUCAUCAGAUCUACUGCCUCAAUUACACAUCUGCUGUCAUCUAUCUGGAGACCCUGAAGCAAAGGGAAGAUUUUGCAGCAUAUAUAAAAUGGUGUGAGCAACAGGAGCAGUGUAAACGACUUCAUCUCACUGAUUUGCUGGUGGCUCCACUACAUCGGCUGACCCGAUAUCCCCUGCUCCUUAAGAAUAUAUGGAAAAGAAGUGGUGAUGCAGAAGAAAAAGUAUCGAUCUAUUCAAUGAAGGAAAAGGUGGAAAGCUCAAUCAGAGAUCUUGAAGGAAAAGUGAAAUUGCUGGACAAGACACAGAAAUUCAAGCAACUCCAGGAAGUGAUUGUGUGGCCCUGCUUGUGGGAGAGAGAUAAAAGAUUUUUUAUUCCUGAGGGUCUUAAAAAUUAUUUCAAAGAGUCAAAUGUGGAGACGAUGUUAUCUUCACCAAACAGACAGCUUCUUUAUGAAGGAAGGCUUACCCUUACAGAAAGCACACGUCUUCUCGAUGUAUACCUGCUCCUCUUUGAUGACUUGCUGCUGAUAACAAAACUUAAGCGCAACAAAAGGAAAACAUCAAAUAUAGAGGCUUGUACACUGUACCCGUCUUUACACCCAGAGCUGCAGAGCAUAGUGAAAGAAGGCGGUUACUGCAAAGUCUUAGACCAGCCUAUUCCACUAGACAGGCUAAGCAUAAAAAGUAUUGAUGCCUUCCACGUUACAGUAUACGGAAUGAGGAAUGCUUUCCUAAUCCAGCAUGAGAAUCGUUAUCAGCAGUCUAUCGCUGCCUUCAUUAUGCAAGCGCAAACAGAAUCUGAAAAGAAGCAAUGGAUCUCACAAAUAGAAACUGCCAUUUCCUGUUACACCGAAGCUUAUGAGACAAACAGAUCUUCAGUAUUUUGCUACCCUGCAGAGUCAGCUGAAAUUUAAUAGUGUGUUGUGUAUAGGAUGCCUAAAUUAAUUGUUUUGUUUACAGCUUUUUUUUUUUGUAAAUAUUUUAUUUGUACAUUGUUUGUAAUAUAUGAAAUUCUGAUUAACAGAAAAAGCCUACAGUGUUUGACCAUGAUGUUUUUAAACCAACUUUUUCAAAUGUAUUUUCUAAUAUUGCGUUUAACAAACGCUAAAAGUGUAAUGUUGCAUCAUAUUAUAUCUUCAGCUAGGAAAGUGCUGUGCAGACUGAAUACAUGAAUCAUAAACUUGGUUAUCUACGAAGGCUAGAAAGGGUCUUAAUUCUAUUAUAUUAUACAAUUUUCUUGUACAAUUGUCCUUUAGAUUUACCAAAACCAUAUAAUAUGAGAUCAGACCUAAACACUU